UAUCAUGUGAUCAGUAGCAGUCAAAAUGGCGGCUACCUUGUUUUCAAGGACUGCUGCUCGAUUGUCACAAUUGUUCGACAAACAGUUGCUUCAAACGCGAGUGCCCUUUGCUGUAAAUCGACUUGAGAACAAUUAUGGGAAUGGAAAUGACGAUGGUGUGCGCGCCAAAAGCAUUUGCACUUUGAGACAGUCAAUUUGGAAGCAAAAUGAACGAUGUGUUAUGCAAGGGAAUGUGGCCUCUGGUUCACCUUGUUCAUCGUCAACUCCUGGCGACCGUGAUGCUAUUUCAAAUGCUAAGCAUACUUCUAUGCAUUCUGUUUUUAGGUCAUGCGGUCUCGAUUCGCAGAAUGUUAAGCGGUACUUUCACUCUUCCCUUCGAAAGAGACAUAGGCACUUUUCAAAGGAAGUCAAAAGAGACUGUUGGAACUGCGGCAGAGAUACAAACCCGAGGACAGAGUUAUUCUUCUGUGAGUGUGGGGUUGUUCAGAAACCAGCCCAUGAACUCACAUUCUUUGACUUGAUGCAGAUGGAGCCAUCUUUUGAUGUCGAUUUGAUUGAACUUGGCAAAACUUUCAGAGAGACACAGAAAAAGCUACAUCCUGAUAAGUUUUCUAUAAAAUCAAAGGAAGAGCAGAUGUUGGCAGAACAGCAGUCCUCCCUCCUUAACAAGGCAUACAACACACUUCAGAAGUCUUUGAGUCGAGCUCUCUACAUACUGGAACUACAGGGCAUCACCAUCUCAGAAAGUGACAACUUCACAGAUCCAGAAUUCCUCAUGGAAGUCAUGGAUGUGAAUGAACAAAUAAGCAAUGCAAACAGCAUUAGUGAUGUGAACGAACUGAAUAGUAUAAAUGAUGGAAAAAUAGAAGAAUGUAUAACAGAAAUAUCUGCCCUUUUUAGAGAAAACCGCCUUUCAGAUGCAAAAAAUGCAACAAUGAAAUUGAGGUACUAUACAACGAUUCAAGAGAGAAUGAAGGAACUACAAAGACAGAGCUUGGGAUAGACCGUAAGGUUGCUUCAGAUGUUAGAGUCAAAUUCUCGCAAUUCUUUUUUUCACGGACUGAGACUGUAGGAAUAAAUUUCCAAGAGUUUGGUGAUGUUACAGAUGAGUGAUACUGUGAUUUUGUUUUUAUAUGACUUGGCUUGAGUAAUCUCAGAUCUGAUCAAUCUAAUUAUUAUAUGUAUACUUAUAAUAAACUGAUUCUCAAAAGAAAAUUUUGUGACUGUGA